CAGUCCAACUCCAACCUCGAAGCAAGUGACAGAGGGUAGAUUAAAUAGCUGCAUUACCCCCCCUUGGCUACAGCCAUCGUGCAUCAUACUUGGUGUAAAGGAGGGGUGGAAUCUUUAUCGAUAGGACCAUUUAUGCCCACCACUGAAUUUCCUGAGUGGUGUCCCUGCGUGACCUUUACCAUAUCUACCGCCUUUAUCGUCUCUUCAAUCAAUCAUUUUUAUGAUUCUGCAUUCGGCCGUCCCAUUCGUUAUCGCUUUCAUCGCUGUAUCCAAUUUUGCACGCCUCUCCUUUAUCGAUUAGCGGUGCUCCAGAGUUUCCCUCCCCAGCCACCGUUGAGAGCACUUGACUCUCCCCGUCAUGCCGAUCAAUGCGUAGCACAGAUCCCACGGAAAAGAAGAACGAAAAUUUUUCCUCUUGCUUGUUGCGCAACCACUAACAUUGAUCCAUCGCAUAGCACACCGUCCAAUCCCGUUCCUUCGUUGGCCGAUCUUUCGCAGCGCUAUCCAUCCUCCUUCAUUCCCACCCACCGCCUCGAGUGCCUUGAGGUCAUGAACUCCAUGACCUUCAUCUGUAUCCUUACUUCUCCCUAUUAAACACCCUGCGAUCGCCCUCAUAUCACUUCCCCCUCUGUCGCCAGGAGCCAGAUGCUUCGGCUGUUUACUCUCAGCCGACAAAAUUCGGUACCUGGUUGAUAAACCUUUGCUUGGUCCGAGUUGAGAUCAACUUUUUUUUUGGGGGGGGGAUCGCCAGCAGGCGCCGAACGCUUGUGAUUUAGCAGUACGACGAGUCACCGAGGUGGGAUUUUU